AUGGCGGCGUACUACCACGGCGGCGCCGGCACGGACAUCCAGGCCAGCACCAACGGCCUGCAGACGCUGUACCUGAUGAACCCGAGCUACGCCGGCUACGCGGACGAUGGCGGCGCGUCCGCGCCGGGGGCGACCAACAUGAUGCUCCUCAACUCGGCGGUGACCACCAUGACGCCGGCGUCCUUCGCGCACCACCACCACCACCAGCAGUCUCCGUCGUCGGCCGCGCAGCAGCAGCACUUCGUCGGGAUCCCGAUCCAGGCGCCGCCGUCGAGCUACAACCCGUGGACCCCGGCGGCCACGGCCGCGGACAUGUCGUCGCCGCCGCCGCAGGCGCAGACUCCCGGCGCCGCAGCGGCUGGGGUCAGCGCCGUGCUCAGCCUGUCGUCCCGCGAGGCAGCGCCGCAGCCGGUCACGGUGGCCGGCCCCGGCUGCACCGACGAUGGCAAGUACCACCUGGGCGUGUCGGCCACGUCGCAGGGGCAGAUGGUGAUGAGCUCCAAGUACCUCAAGGCCGCGCAGGAGCUGCUCGACGAGGUGGUGAGCGUCAGCAAGGGCGUCGAGGACGCCAACAAGACGACCAAGAGCCUGGCGGCGGUGAAGAAGAAGGAGGACUCGGAGGGCGUGUCCGGUGGCGGCACCGAUGACGGUUCCGGCGCAAAGAGCGGUGGCGGCGCGGCGGAGAUGUCCACCGCGGAGCGGCAGGAGCUGCAGAUGAAGAAGAGCAAGCUUAUCAACAUGCUUGACGAGGUGGAGCAGCGGUACCGGCAGUACCACGGGCAGAUGCAGGCGGUGUCGUCGUCGUUCGAGGCGGCGGCGGGCACCGGGUCGGCGCGGACGUACACGGCGCUGGCGCUGCGCACCAUCUCGCGGCAGUUCCGGUGCCUGCGGGACGCGAUCGCGUCGCAGGUGCGCGCGGCGAGCCGGGCGCUGGGCGAGGACGCGGACGCCGCCGUCGCCGCCGGGGGCCGCACCGUGAUGUCCCGCCUCCGCUACAUCGACCACCAGCUCCGGCAGCAGCGCGCGCUGCAGCAGCUCGGCAUGAUGCAGGGUGGCGCCUGGCGGCACCAGCGCGGCCUCCCCGAGCGCUCCGUCUCAAUCCUCCGCGCCUGGCUCUUCGAACACUUCCUGCACCCAUACCCCAAGGAUUCGGACAAGAUCAUGCUCGCCAAGCAAACCGGGCUCACCAGGAGUCAGGUGUCGAACUGGUUCAUCAACGCGAGGGUGCGGCUGUGGAAGCCCAUGGUGGAGGAGAUGUACCUGGAGGAGACCAAGGACCAGGACGGUGGCGGCGGCGGCGGCAACGACGAGGGGAAGUCCGGUGGCGGCGGGAUCAAGAGCGGCGACACUGUCGACGGCGUCACGCCGAGGGCGGACGCCAUGUCCAAGUCCGCGGUGCGCGUGGGAGGCGGCGGGGCGGCGGAGAGCGCAUCCACCAACAAGGGCAUCCAUGGCUCCUCCCUGCUCGAGCUCGGCGGAGGCGGCGACCACCAGCAGUCUCACGCGGGGUUCUACGAUGAUGAUGAAGACGACGGCGACGAAGCGAUGGGGCGGAGGCUCAAGAAGGCGCGCGGGGACGAGCCGGCGCCGGCGUUCCACCACGUGCACGACAUGGCCGCGCUGCACGCGCAGGCCGCGGCGGCCGCGAGGCAGCAGCACGAGGAGGUCAGCCACCGGGAGCUGCUCAUGAAGUUCAUGGAGAGCGGCGGCGGCGGUGCUGGCGCGAGGGACCACCACCACCACCACCACCAGGACGGCGGCGGAGGGUACUCGCUGUUCGCGCCGGGGCCGUACGGGCAGUUCGCCACGGAGCCCGCCGCCUUCGCGUUCGCCGGGAACGGCGGGGUGUCGCUGACGCUCGGCCUCCCGCACGGCGCCGGAGGCAGCGCCGCCGAGCAGACCGCGUCGUUCCUCAUGGGCAGCACCACGGCCGGCGCCGACAGCGGCAGCCACGGCGGCGCAGGCGGCGGCUACGACAUGAACAUGCAGAGCACCAAGUCGUUCGCGGCGCAGCUCAUGAGGGACUUCGUGGCCUAG